AUGUCUAGUCAGUACGGUGGACUUCAGGCUUUAAUUCGUCAAAAAGCUCCAGAAAUGAUAUGGACUCAUUGUCUUAUUCAUCGAGAGGCUUUAGCGUCACAAUAUAUAAGUUGCUCUUUAAAUUGUGUACUUGAAAUAGUUAUAAAAGUAGUCAACUAUGUAAAAAUAAGACCUGUUAAAGCAAGAUUUUUUCAAAAACUGUGUGAAGAAAUGGGUGCAGAACAUACAACAUUACUGUUUUACUGUAAAGAAACUCAUAUUCUGCAAUUAUACGAUAAGAUAGUGGCUUUUAUUAAAAAAAUCAAUAGCUCAUUGAGUUUAAAGACAAUAUUUUUAGAGCAUCUGACGAAUCUUGAAACUCAUUUCAUGAAAUAUUUCCCAGAAGAAAUGAAACAGUACUAUUGGAUUAAAGACCCGUUCACUGAAAAGCCACCAUCAAAUUUCACAACUACAGAAGAGGAACAAUUAAUCGACAUUUCAUCCGAUUCUUCACUACGAAUGCAAUUUUCUUCAUAUUCACUUUUAGGAUUUUGGAACAGUAUUAAAGCUUUACGUAUAUUAAUACCAUUUGCCACUUCGUAUUUAUGUGAAGCAGGAUUUUCAGUUGUAGCCGUAUUAAAAUCAAAAUAUCGGUCCAAACUCAAUGUGGAAAAAGAAAUGCGUGUUGCAGUAACUACAUUAAUUCCUAAUUUUGAAAAAUUAAUAAACGAAAAACAAGCACAUUGUUCGCAUUAA